UAUUAAUACAAUAUGAUAUUAUGUUUAGCCCUGAUACCACAAUUUGCAGUGAUUCUAUACCUUAUCUGGCAGAGUGGAUUAUAAACUUAAAUGGAUAAAUGACAAAAUGAGCUUACUCCACCAGCAGUAUCAGCAGCCAGAGAUGUUGCCUGUGUGGCCGUCUGCUCAGAAAACAGGAUCAAGAGGACCUGGUUACCUGAAUGGGCCACACAAUACAUCUGACAGUGAAGCACAUAUGGCUCAGUGCGCCCGCCAACACAUUCAAACUCGUCUGCAUGUGGCAAAAUUAUUUCAGCAAUACAGGAGUCAGCCGAUGUCCAGUAAAUGUGAUGUCAUCAUAACCUCAGACCCUCCAUCAAUGGAAAAGAAGAUACGCCUCACUGUGUAUGAAAACGAGAAAGUUGUGCCGGUCAUUUUGAGGAACAUGGGCGUCAGGACGGUUUAUAUUACUCUGCAGGCUUUUGACCUAGUAAAGAACAUCUUCACUGUCAGAGACACUCACGGAAACAUUAUUGAGUCUAUGAAGCAACUCCCUCUCGGCCGAGGAGAGGCAUUUAAACUCCAGGUCCAUUUCUACUCUGAGUAUGCAGGCCUCUUUGAACACUUACUGAUCUUUCAGUUGGAAACGCACCAGCAGGCCUCAGAAAAGUCUGAGAUCAUGCGCCUCUUAGAAAUCACGCAUCGGACAUCUUCUUGUGAGGAGCCCCUCUGUGCAGCCCCAAAGUCACUGUGCGACAACCGAACUGAGAAUCCAAAACCAAAUGGGGUUCGAUUCAAUUGGCUCAAGCUAAUGGUGCCUUUGAAGGGAUAUCCAAUGCCCAACAGUGUCAAAGACCUCCAGAAAUCCAGCGCGACCCUGGAGAAGACACCUCUCAACUGGAAGAACUAUGGCCAGAGGCUCCACCUGCUGCUGCAUCUGGAGGAGCUCCAGCAGAAGACAGACAUUGAGAAAUUCAACAAGGAAGACAAAAUGUUUAGACACAAAAGCAACAAAGACAUUUUCAUUCUGAAGGUUGCAGGUGACUCGAACUCCCCCCCAGAGAGGUUGUCCAGGAACUCUGUGCUGGUGUCUCCUCUAGACAGGUCGGCCUGUGGAAAGAACAUUUUCAAAGGCCGGGUCAUCCGUGUGACUGCGGAGUGGGCCUACCUGCAGUUCAGUGAAGAGUGCCCGAGUGAUUUUAAGAAGGAUCAGAAGUUCCGUUUUAACUUCAUUAUCAACCGCACGCCACUGCGUACCCAGCACAGAGCAGUAGACCUGGUGUCCACGCACAGACUGAGGGAGGUGCUGUUUCCUACUGGACAACAUUCGUUGCACAGUUCAUGUCUACACAGGCUGUUAAAUCUUGAAGGCAACCCAGAGCAGCAACAGGCCAUUCAACACAUUGUAGCUGCAACAGCAAAGCCUGCCCCUUACCUGGUAUUUGGUCCGCCUGGCACAGGCAAAACAGUGACUCUGGUGGAAGCCAUCAGGCAGAUAGUGGAAACGCAGAAGUCGUGCAAGAUCCUGGCGUGUGCUCCUUCCAACAAUGCAGCCGAUCAUCUCUGCGAGAAAAUUCUGGAAGAAAAGAUUUGCAAGCGUGAGGUGUAUCGCUUGUACGCCCUAAGCUACCCAGUGAGAAACAUCCCUCAAACGAUUAAGGUUUGCUGCAACCUGAACCCCAAAACAGACACACUCAUGAUUCCCGCUAAAGGCACGUUGAUGAGGUGUAAGAUCCUGAUCACCAGCCUGAUAACUGCAGGAAGGCUAGUGACAGGAGGGAUUCCUUCACAUCAUUACACCUAUAUCUUUGUGGAUGAGGCAGGGCAGGCUGCAGAAACAGAGUGUAUCAUCCCUCUAGCAGGUUUAGUGAAACCGCAGCAAUGCCAGGUGGUGCUGGCUGGAGACCCUAAACAGUUAGGCCCCAUCAUCACAUCCAGAGUGGCUGAGAAACAUGGCCUGGGUGUGUCUCUGUUGGAGCGUCUGAUGAACAACAACAAUCUUUACAAGCCACAUGAGCAGGACGGGUUUGACAACCGCUUUGUAACAAAGCUUCUGAGGAACUACAGGUCCCAUCCUGCAAUCCUGAAAAUUCCUAAUGAGCUCUUUUAUAACGGAGAACUUCAGCCAUAUGCUCCUAAAGCCGCAUACAGAUCCUACCUCAAAUGGGAACACCUGCCCAAGAAAGGUUUCCCUUUGAUCUUCCAUGGAGUAGCAGGCACUGAUGAACGCGACGCCAACAGUCCCUCUGUGUACAACAUGGCAGAGGUGGAGGUGCUGAAGGAAUACUUAAAAGUGCUUGUUGAGCAUCUUCGCAAAAACGGUGUGACCAAAAUUGAACCAGGAGAAAUUGGCAUCAUCACCCCGUACAGAAAACAAGUGGAGAAAAUCCAGAAAGCCCUUCGUACCGACAAAGAUCUCCCAAAGGAAAACUUGGAAAAUGUGUUGGUUGGUUCAGUGGAGCAGUUUCAGGGGAAAGAGUUCAAUGUGAUUCUGGUGUCUGCCGUGCGUAGCAAUCUCAAGCUGACUGCAAAAAAGCAACGAUUCACGAUAGGCUUUCUUGAUAAUGAGAAGCGGUUUAAUGUGGCAAUGACCCGAGCACGAGCCCUGCUGAUUGUGAUUGGAGACCCCCGAGUCUUGAGAACUGACUACAUCUGGAACAAAUUAAUCCAUUACUGCUUCACAAAAGGGGGUUACCGUGGCAUUACAAUGUGUGAUGCGAAGGAAGAGGAAGAUACACAGACUAACGUGCGCACCCAGCCUCUGGCUGUGGGGAUGCACCCGUUUUACCAACCUGGUCUUUGCCGUCCCGGUGUUGCAGCUCCGUUAUGCGAGAGACACCGAAGCACCGCCCCCGUGGACUGUCCAGGCGUACAAAGGGAAGCACAGUCUCCGGGAUUUCCUCUGAGAUGUGCGAAUAUAAGCGCUGUGUUGAUGAGCGGUGUACUGUAUUCAUAA